AUGACAUUAGCAAGUGCUCGCUGCUUAUUACAGCAGCAGCUGAAAGGAACAAGAAGAGCAUUCUGGACUACAUCAGUUGCUUAUAAGGCAAAAGAGAAUCCAUAUACAAAGACGCUUUUGUUACCAAAGACAAGUUUCCCUCUUCGAGCAGACGCAGCCAAUAGAGAGCACUUGUUUCGUGAUCGUUGUACGAACGAAUUGUAUCCAUGGCAGCUCAAAAAUAAUCCAAAAGAUCUCUUUAUCCUUCACGAUGGACCACCUUAUGCCAAUGGAAACGUGCAUGCGGGGCAUGCCUUGAAUAAAAUCACCAAAGACAUCAUCAAUCGAUACAAACUACUUCAAGGACACAAGAUAUACUAUCGUCCAGGAUGGGAUUGUCAUGGGUUGCCUAUUGAACUUAAAACCUUGGAGAUGAUCAAAAAGGAUGCCUCAUCAUUAUCACCUAUACAUCUCCGAGAACUUGCUAAAAAAAAUGCGCUAGUUGUAGUUGAAAGCCAAAAAGAAGACUUUAUGAGCUGGGGAGUGAUGGGCGAUUGGAAUAAUCCCUACUUGACACUUCAAGGAGAUUUUGAGAUCCGACAGCUUCGUGUAUUAAAAGAAAUGGUCAAGAAAGGCUACAUUUAUAGACAAUUAAAGCCAGUGUAUUGGUCACCUUCUUCAAAAUCAGCAUUGGCAGAAGCAGAGCUAGAAUAUAAGGACAACCACGUUUCUAAAUCUAUCCAUGUACAAUUUCCUAUCGUUUCAUCGCCUAUUCUCAAGAAGUGGAAAGACAAGCAGAUCAAUGCACUUAUUUGGACCACAACACCAUGGACCAUUCCUUCCAAUAGAGCAGUCUGCGUUCAUCCUGAUUUGGAUUACUGUGUUGUUGAAGCAGCUGAUAAGAAACAAUGUUGGAUUGUUGGCAAGGAUCGUUUAGAGGCAUUGGAGAAAGAAUUAGAGCAGAAACUGAGUGUACUCGAUACGUUUAAAGGAAAUCAAUUGGUUGGUUCGACUUAUCAACACCCAUUGAGCUCAAAACAUUACCCCAUACUUGCUGGAAAUCAUGUUACUGCAGAAUCCGGAACAGCUCUUGUUCAUACUGCACCUGGACAUGGUAUGGAGGAUUAUGAAGUAUGUCUUGCAAACAAUAUCCAGCCAUUCAGUUUAGUAAAUGACGAAGGUAAAUUUACAAAAGAGGCAGGGCCUCACUUUGAAGGAAAGUUUGCAUUCAAGGAAGGAAAUGACACGGUGAUCAACUUGCUUGAGAAUCAAUCUUUUCUUGUGAAAAAGGAAAAUUACAUACACAAGUACCCAUAUGAUUGGAGAACAAAACAGCCUGUUAUGUUGCGUGCAACAGCUCAAUGGUUUGCCAAUGUAGAAAACUUGCAAGAAGCAGCUGUAAAGGAAUUGGAAAAGGUGGAAAUGAUUCCCAAGAGCUCCAUUCGCCGUUUACAACAGUUUACUUUGUCACGAAAAGAAUGGUGUAUCUCUCGUCAAAGAUCAUGGGGUGUGCCCAUUCCAGCCUUAUAUGACCAGGACGGCCAAGCACUAUUAACUGAGAACUCGAUAGAACAUAUCAUUAGUGUGCUAAACGAAAAGGGAACAGAUGCUUGGUGGAAUGAAAAAGACGACAACAUAUUCGUUGCACCUGAAUACAGAAAUAAUGGAAAAGUUUAUAAGCGUGGAUAUGACACCAUGGACGUUUGGUUUGACAGUGGAUCAUCAUGGACCAUGCUUCAAAACAUACCUGGAAGAGAUCCAAAUAAACCAGUAGCUGAUGUUUAUCUUGAAGGAAGCGACCAACAUAGAGGAUGGUUUCAAUCUUCCUUAUUGACAUCGAUCGCUUUAACUGGAAAGGCGCCAUACAAUACGUUGAUUACACAUGGAUUUACACUAGACGAGAAAGGAGAUAAAAUGUCAAAGAGCUUAGGAAAUACGAUUGAACCUGCGCUUAUCACAAGAGGAGGAAAGGACAAGAAGAAAAAUCCUGCUUAUGGCAGCGAUGUACUUCGACUUUGGGUAGCAAGCUGUGAUUACACAAAGGAUAUGACGAUUGGCCCAUCCAUUAUAGCCACAAUAUCUGAUAACUUGAGAAAAAUCCGUACGACAGCUAGAUUCCUGUUAGGAAACUUGCAUGAUUUCGAAUUGAAAAACUAUGUAGAUUAUGAUAAACUUGCCGAGAUUGAUAAAUAUAUGUUAUACGAAUUGUAUGAGUACAAUAAGGCAGUAACAAAAGCAUUUGAUGAAUACUCCUUCUACAAAGCUGUUCAACAUGUUCAAAACUUUACAAACAACACGCUGUCGUCUUUUUAUUUUGAUACAAUUAAAGAUAGAUUAUAUAAUGACCCCGCCGAUUGUUUAAACAGACGCAUGGCACAAACAGUCCUUUAUGAGAUCCUCAGAUCGUAUACGACAUCGAUUGCACCCUUUGUCUGUCAUACAGCAGAAGAAAUCUUUGAUCACUACAAACACCUAAACCCUGAGCCGCAAUCAACUAUCUUCAAGACUGGCUGGCUCCGUUCUGAUGACAGAUGGUAUAAUAAUAAUAUAAAUGAAAAGUGGUCCGUGCUCUUGGAUCUCAAGUCAGAAAUCAAUCAAACAUUAGAAAAAGUGCGACAAGAAAAGCAUAUCCGUACUUCUCAAGAGGCUGAAGUUAUUCUUUACUUGGACAGUAGUACGAAAUUGGCAAAUAUUCUUCAGUCCUUACAGCCAGCAGAAUUAUCUUCUUUAUUCAUGACGUCUCAUGUUUACAUUAAUACUGAUCCAAAAGGAGAUAAUCUAUUAACAGAAAGAGAAUCUGCAAUUCAAGGUAAGAAAAGGAGGGAACAUCUAUCUCAACAUCAUAAAUGUCCUCGUUGCUGGAAUUAUUAUUCAACAGAACAAGAUCAAUUAUGCACACGCUGUGCUCAUACACUUGAAUAA